AUGGAAGAGAUGCAAGAUGACACCGCCGAUGAUGCUUCAGGCAGAGAGGCAGCGCGUCCAGCUCCUCCGGCAACCGACAACAACCAAACCCGCAGCUCACGUGACACAGACAAUUCCAUCAAUAUUCUCGACUCCAUCCCGGAGAGCAAUUGCAAGUCAUCCACACCCGCUACUAUGCCACAAUUACUCUCCCCAAUAGCCCUCCGGGCCCUCCGGACCAUUGCCCACCGUCCAGCAACAACACCUCUCCGCCGAACCCUCACAACAUCCACCAAGCUCCAAACCCAAACCUCACUCACCACCCGUUUCAACUUCACCCCCGUCUUCCGCACCUCUACCACUCUCUCCUCACUCUCCCUCUCAACCUCCAAGCGCCAAUUCUCCAGCUCGCCUAUUAUCCGCGCUACAUACAACCAGGUCCGCCGCGGUAUCCGGACUGGUCAGCGCGCGCGCCGGGGUCGGUCACCUGCGCUUGUGGGAACGCCUGGGCUUAAGGGUGUUUGUCUUAAGACUGGUAUUACCAAGCCUAAGAAGCCUAACUCUGGUGAGAGGAAGAUUGCUCGUGUGCGCUUGAGUUCCGGGAAGAUUAUUACGGCUUAUAUCCCUGGUGAAGGCCACAAUAUCCAGCAGCACAGUGUUGUUCUGGUUCGUGGUGGUCGUGCUCAGGAUUGUCCUGGUGUGAAGUAUACCCUUGUUCGUGGUGGUAUGGAUUUGGGUGGCGUUGGAAGCCGUAUGACAAGUCGCUCAAAGUACGGCACGAAGAAGCCAAAGACCAACUAA